AACAAACAUGUAUCUUCAGUAUGUGUGAAAAUGUAUAAACGCGACAAAGUGAUCAAGUUGCGAGAUACUUUGGCAUCAUCAGAAAGAAUCAAUUAUUUUUUGUUUCUGCUGCGGUACUCGGGGGCCGAAAUGGAUGAUGACGAACUGUUGAAAACGUAUCAUAUCGGCCCAGAUGACUCCAUUGAUAUGGUGAUCUGUAUAAAUCGUGUGGAAGUCGGAGUCGUAUAUUCAGGAAAACGACGGUGGAUUGUUGUAGAUUAUGCAUGCAAGACCACCGUGUUGGAGAUGAAGAUUUUCCUGUCGAAAGUUAUCAAAAUGAGUAGUUGCGAAAUGAACCUCAUUUUUGACGGAAAUUCUUUGGACAACGUGCACACCCUUGCAAAAGCAGGCAUAAAGCGUUGCGAUACAGUCAUCGUGUGCAGAUUGUCGCAGCCUGAAACGAAGUAUCGCGGUGGGAUCUACUCGAUAUUCUCUUUUGAUGAACUGGGUCAAGGACAGAGGGAACGAAAAGCUAUAUUAUUCUAUGGAAAAAGACUAUUACUUGAAGAUGAUGCCCAAGAGGAUUCUAUGCUAGAGAGUCCACAGAAGUUUGAUGAAAGAGAAACUAUCCCCAAGGGAAUACGAUUAACGGAUGUCCAUCAAACAAAUAUAUUUAAAGAUGGAUUCAAGAUGAAAAAUGAUAUGCAGUGCAUGGGUGAAAGCAUGUCUUCAUCCACAGAAGCCGCCGUGCAGACCCAGUCUGAAAUGUUGGUGCAGCACAUUUCGAAAAGUAUCAGCGAAACCGAAAAGUUCGCACUCAUUUCAAAUACUACUCCUGAAGACGGAAACCUUGAAACCGAAACCCAGAAUUCUGCAUGUACCACAUUGAUGCAAAAAACCAUACAGACAGUGACGGAUUCAACAAUGGCGGAUAACCCAGCCAGUCAGGUAGUGGCUGUGCAGAGUUUUUAUCAGAAAGAGAUAGUAAGAACUGUUGACGGCAGAGUUAUAAAUGCCGAGUCACAUGCAUACCAUAAAAGUAUUUCCAGUACGGACUUGGCAGAACUAUCGGCGUCAGGAAAUAAAGACCCUUCAUUUCAAGCCUUCUCCAAAAUGACAUCAACAAGCACAAAUACGUCACACGGGUUAAUGCCAUAUAAAGGCGAACUUUUGGCAGUUUUUCAAAAGGUCUCCGCAGAACUUGGGUCUAACUGGCAGCGUCUAGCGCUGGCUCUGGGAUUGUUGGCGAAGGAUAUCGAUCACUGUGUGAAUCGUCAUCAUGUUGAUUUACAGAUGCAAGCUUAUGAAAUGUUCUCCGUUUGGGAACGAAAGGAAGGAACGUUGGCAACUAAAGAAGCACUUAUUCGAGGUUUAAAAGAGUGUCAAUUAAAUUCAAUUGCUGAAACACUAGAAGAAGGUAACUUUACUGAAACUAAUAACUAGGCGAGUUUCGUUUCAUGUAUCACCUGUGGUUAGCGAUGGGGGUUGUUUUGUUUAACGGAAUCUAUAAAGAACAUAGAUUUAUUAAUCACUGGUAAUUCUGACAAGGGAUCUUUUAUAUGCGCCAUCCACAAGCAGGACAGCACAUACUAUGGUAUUCGAUAUACAGUGCUUCAUUGAUCCACUUGACUUGACUUGACUAGGAAUUUAACGUGUCCAUAUACCUCUAUGGUUUCGAAUACGCCUAUCCAUAAGAUAAGAUCGGGGGUCUCACGGGGCAGGAAUCCAUUGAUCCACAUUGCAUCCAUCACAGACGUAUGCAGGAGUGGGCAAACAAAUGCCUGACUUCUCAUAUUUUGUCGAAUAUUUCAAAUAUGCAAAAACAUUGCAGCGUCAAUGUGCUUUCAUAUUUUUGCUGAUAAGUGUGUCUUUUAGAUGCAAAUAAUGAACUAACAAGUUCUAUAAUCUGUACUCUAGACGGUUAUCCGCAAUGGAGGAAGAUGCCUCACUUUUUGCGUACUUCUGCCCCAAGUUCAGUCAGCUAACGUUCACGAACUAUUUGAUAGGAUCCUGAAGUGGCCAUUUUGUUUACCGUGUAAUGUUGUGAUUGAUUGAUUGAAAACAUAUUUUAUUGUACAAAGAACAAAAGAAUCAGACACGUUUGACCACUUACGAAGCCCUCUUCUAUGUAAAUACAAUAUACGUGGCGAUUAUAUUACUUAACUGUAUAUUUAAAAUACAUUUAAACAGUGAAAGAUAAAUGUUACGAUUGAUGCAUGCCUUAAGAAAUGUCUUAUACAUGUUAUGAUUGGUGCAUGUCAUAACAAAUGUCUUAUAAAUGUUAUGAUUGAUGCGUUCCUCAACAAAUGUCGGAUAAAAGAUAUGAUCGGUGCGUUCCUCAACAAAUGUCAGAUAAACGUUAUGAUUGGUGCGUUCUGUAACAAAUGUGUUAUAAAAGUUAUGAUUGGUGCGUUCCAUAACAAAUGUCUUAUGAAAGUUAUGAUUGGUGCGUUCCAUAACAAAUGUCUUAUAAAAGUUAUGAUUGGUGCGUUCCAUAACAAAUGUCUUAUGAAAGUUAUGAUUGGUGCGUUCCAUAACAAAUGUCUUAUGAAAGUUAUGAUUGGUGCGUUCCAUAACAAAUGUCUUAUAAAAGUUAUGAUUGAUGCAUUCCAUAACAAAUGUCUUAUAAAUGUUAUGAUUGGUGCGUUCCAUAACAAAUGUCUUAUAAACGUUAUGAUUGUUGCGUGCCAUAACAAAACGUCUUACAAAAGUUAUGAUUGGUGCAUGUUUAGAUUUGCCAAACUAGUUAUGGGAAUGACAGUCCUACAGACGAAGUAGAAAGGGAGUGUCAUGUGUGGUGCGUGCGUGCGUGCGUGCAUGCGUGCGUGUGUGCCGUGUGUGUGUGUGUGUGUGAGGAACGGAAGGAAUGUGUUUUAUUUAACGACGCACUCAACACAUUUUAUUUACGGUUAUUUGACGUCGGACAUAUGGUUAAAGACAACACAUAUAACGAGAGGAAACCCGCUGCCGCCACGCAAUGAACUACUCUUUCAAUGGAUAGCAAUGGAUUUUUAUAUGCAGUAUCCCACAGACAGGAUAGUACAUAUCACGGCCU